UUUCAGUAUGAAAAACAUUCAGAUACUUCCUUACUCAAAAACUUUCGCCUAAGGGACUGUAUGGGGUUAGAACAAAGUGCUGAGGAAGGAUUUAAUGUUGCUGACAUGGUUUCUCUUCUUAAAGGGCAUAUUAAGGAUGGCUAUACGUUUAACCCAAGAAGUCCAAUUUCACCGGAAAACAAAGACCACUGGCGUGUUGGACCGAAGUUCGAGAAUCAGGCUCAUUGUGUUGUUUUUGUAGUUGAUGCAAAUGCCAUGCACUCUGGCAUUCCUCAGGCCUUUGUCAGGAAAAUUAGACAAAUACAAGAGGCGGUGAAGCAAUUACGUGUACCACGUGUUUUGAUCUUGACAAAAGCUGACGUUCUUUGCCCGGAGGUUUAUAAAGACACUGCAAACAUGUUCCGAAGCUUUAGGGUUAGAGAGGCUGUUAAAACGGCAAGCGAAAUUUUUAACAUUCCCGAAGCAUCCAUUCAUCCAGUUACGAAUUAUGAAGAUGCUAUAGAAAUCAGUUGGAAAAGGAACAUACCACUUCUCCUCGCCUUGAGACAAAUUACACAGUAUACAAAUGACAGGAUUGAAGCUAUCAACCAACAUAGCGAUAGUGACUAAACAUAAGUUGUGACAGGAGUAACUUAUAUAUAUUUGAAACUCAUUUUUAAACUUUAUAUGGUAGUAGAUUACUUUACAUAUUUAUUUUUUAACUACGGUAUAAAUAACCGGUUGAAAUCAUUCAUGGAUCUUGCUUAAAAUAAGUAAAUACUUUUGUAAUUCCCGUCAAUGUGUGUUGUGUUUGUGAAAAGAAAUAGGAAUAUAUAAUUUGAAUAUUCUUAAAAAUAUUCCUUGAAAUAUAAUUGUUGAUAGAGUUCUAAGUAAUUAAGUAUGAAUUUUGACAUUAUUAUAGUUGUUCUAGAACAAUUUAUUUACUUCUAUAUAACAUAUGUAUUAUAAGGUCAUGUAUUUCACACUUACCAGGAACAUGCAUAAAUGUGACAUAUUUUUUUUGCGGUUUGUUGUCCAAAAUAAUUGACUUUGAUUUUAUUGUAAACU